AUGGCGGUGGAGAUUCCUCGAUUCACUCGUGCUAAGAUGGAGAUCAGUCGUGAAUCGUACAACUAUCCUGCAGUGAACCCAAUCAAACAGGAUCUUUUCAAAGAUGGAUCCCUGCGCGAGUAUCCCGGAGCUAUAUACUGGAACUAUGGCGCGGCACCACAGACGUUCGAGGACCCGAAUGUCGAGGAGGAAGUGGGUCUCUAUGGCGAUGGAGAUCCUUUAGACUUGAUAGAAGUGGGCCGACCAGCGACUCAGUAUCAUACAGGCCAAAUAAUCAGCGUUAAAAUUCUGGGAGCCCUGGGCCUCGUCGAUGGUGGAGAGGCUGACUGGAAAAUCAUCGUUAUAGCGACCGACGAUCCGUUGUUCGACCGGAUUAACGCUAUAAAUGAUUUGGAAUCAGCUUAUCCCAAUACCAUUUCGGGCAUUAGAGAGUGGUUCAGAUGGUAUAAGUAUCCAACACA